AUGUCACAUGGAGCCGCAUCGCCUUACGGACGCUCUCCGAGAAUGAACCAUCCCGCUGCGCCCUCUCCCCUGCCACAUCGACCUCGUCCGGUCGUGCCCAGUCAAGGGGUUGAACUUGCGUCAAGGGCAAACGGGGCUGAGAAAAGGCCCAGAGGAGGAGGGGAAGGUCACGCUGAGCCGGAAGAUGGGAGCGAAGGUUCGUGUCAUCGUCAUAAUGUCUCGAGCGACUUUGCGCUAGCGAGCAAGCAGGGACUGAUUUGCUCUCUCAUUUUCGCAGCAUACAACCUAAUGCCUGGUCCAUCCAAUCGACUCUAUUUGUCCCUUCGGAGCACAUUACCAUCGCACAUAGAUUGGGCUCUCUCUAGACUACUGCACGCCUCCUACCAUCACUCGGAUCAUCUUCUGCUCGAGCGCUGGCCAGGGCUUCUGGAUGCCCUUCUAAGCUUCCCCCUGCGCGUCAUUGCAGCAUUGCAAGGAGCUCCACGCAAGGCCUGGGAUCCUCUGUUCUUUGAGACGCCCGAAUCACCUGAACGAGGCGCCAUGCUUUUGGGUCAACCGGUGCCCGUCGAUCUCUCUUACUCCGAGUCGCAAAGUCCCGCCGCUCUUCGAAAGAAGCAACGACUGGCGCUCGAGCAGGGUCAUUCAGGAUUAGCUACCAGACUUGGCGCACUCUCGGCCCCGGCUUCAGCCUUGGCGAAUGACGAAGACGAGCGACGCAAGGGUGCUUCUUUCAUGCCUUCUAGCGACGCAGCACACUUUGCCCUCGCUCUGCGGGCACUGAAUGCCACGCAGGUGAUUCGCAAUCUUAGCACGAGAUCUGAAAACGCUACUCUUAUUGCCCGUGGACGAAAUCUGAUUGGAAUGCUUGCGGAUGUGCUCUCUUUAUCGGCUUUGGAUCAAGAGGAUGAUAGCUGGACAGAGUUGGAAAUGAUUCGAGAGAUGAAAGGCGCCUGGUUGGAUAUUUGCGAGGCGGUUGGUCCCAAGCUACCCUUUUACGGCAGACUCAAGAAGUCCGACGUUGCUAGUGGCGAGGCUGCGGUGGGCAGAGGCUCGGCGGUGCCUUCCCAUCCCGAAAGCGCAGCGGUGGGCGGGUCAGGCGCUCCCACUACGGGCCCUAGCGCUAUCGAGAUGUCUGCCAACACCAUCCUUGCACGACUUGUUCACUUUGCGACCCACUCCGAUGACAGGCAAGUCGUCUUGGCAUCUUUGCGAAGCCUUGGUGCUAUUGCAGACAACGAGCGCAAUGAGCCAAUCUUUGGCGACCCUGCCAAGGUGGACGCGGUCGCCAAGAAGUGCGCAGAGCUGCUCGCUGUAAGGGGCGAUGCGACACUCACCGAAAGCGCGCUGGACUGCUUGUAUCAGCUGCUCAAGAAUCAUAACAACGCGAUCCGACUUGCGGAUGGCGGAGUGACGCAGUUGAGAGGACACACUCCGGACUCGAUAGACCCUCGACAUCACAGAGAACGACCGAGGGAUGUGUCUGGCAUGAUCAGGCUUUUGAUCAAGCAGCUGACGCACAAACGAGCGGUUUGGGACAGGGAAACGCCAAAUUCUACGCGCCCGGACCUUUUUAGAAAGCUGUACACCGACGUGCCAACUCGCAGGGCUUAUGAGGAGAGGCAAAGAAUGGCUUUGAGUGCUCAGCAACAGGGCAGGGCGCAAAGGUGGCUCAACAGCAAAGAGCUUGAUCAUAUGAAGUCCUUGCCGGAACCGGAGCGACUCUUUACUUGGUGAGUCGGCGCGCUCGAUGUGGACUGAUAACCGUGCAUUGUCUGAUGUUCUCACGCCCUCACACAGGUUGCGAGCAGUCUACGAGUUGAAGCCUGGCUCCGAAGUGUCUCAGAUGGAGGUCUGGACCACUUAUAGAGAUCAGUUCUCGCCCUUCUUGCAGCAUCCCAACAUUUCAGCCUUGAUCCCUCCUGCAGACGUGAUCCGACAAGUCUCGCACGUGUUCAGCGGAGCUUCUGCAAUUGUUCAUGGUGGCAAUGUAUUUGUCAUAAGCGGCAUCGAUCUCAAGGACAGGUCUUGUGAGUAUGUCACAGGACGAUGGAGAGCGGCCAGCACCUCGAUGCGCUAUGCUGACCGCCAUUUGCGUCUCACUUUGGGAACAGACGCGCGCCGCUUCGAGUGCAAAUGGCGGCAGUGCACCAACAGAGCGUGCGCCAGUCACGACGAGCUUGCUGGUCACGUUCACUCUGCGCACGCAACGCUAGCAGCUCGAGGGCGCUGCGGCUGGCUGACCUGCUCUUACGCACUGCCUCCCGACUUGGAAGCGAGCUCUGCCGUCAUGCUGCUUCGCUCUCACAUCCAGGCGCACUUGCCUUCUGCAGAGCCAGCAUUUGAUCUGAAGGAAGAUCGAGAACGUUGGAUCGCCUACCAGACCAUCCAGCCUUCCAAGCCGCUGGAUCGAUCUAGCAUCGUAGAGCAGACGGACGGUGGUCGAAGGGUGGGAGUAGAGUUGGCAACUUUGAAGCGCAAAUUGGUACUUGGCAGGGGCACAAUCGACCGGCCUGACGCUGUACCUUUUGUCGUGACGAGGACGCCGAUGGAUGCUACGAGCGGGGCACCGCUGGGCGUGGCUGCAACAGCUGCGCUGGUCCUGCGCCUCUUGGCCCGAGCAUCUUCCACCAUCCUCACCAAGUCUGGCGUGCAAAGAUCCGAAAUGGCCAGCACGACAUUGACAGGUCUGGACGCCUCUUUGGCUGGCGCAGAAGAGAAUGCGGAAAGAUUUGGUCUGCCAUUACCCCCUGCGGCUGCUGCAGGGAACGUCAGCCAAAGUAUUCGCCCGAGCGUGGAAGGAAGCCAAAGUAGGAUCGCUGCGGAGGGUGCUUCUUCCGGCAGACCGGCAACUUGGGAGAUCAAGGCUGCUGAGCACAUCAUGGAUGCGCUGGUGGAUGCCGAGGACGAGCUGAUGAGCAUCGCUUCGUCCAACGAUAUUUUGACCGGGUGAGUGAAGAGCGGUCGAUUGCGGAUUCUGCGUUCGCGGCACAAACCAAUGUGUGCGUCGCUGAUAGACUUGUGCCGAACCGACUUUUGCUUUGGACCCGUCGUAGCAUACUCAACGAUAUUCUGGUCACUCUGCAGCCGGUAGCUGUCGCAUCUCUAUUGUCCAGCGCCGACAGCGACCCAUAG